GAAGUAUUCGAUUGACUUUGUUGUUGCUUUUGUGUGGCUCCAUGUGUGCUGUGCUGCGCUUGCUUGCUGUGCUGUGUUGUGCUGUGAACGCUGCUAGCCGUUAUUUAUUUUCAUUGUUUUUAAAGCUGCCUUUUUUGAACUUAUAAAAGAUCUUACCCGUUCGCCUCGAUUAGUCUCAUUAUUUUAGUUGAAUCGAUACAAUCGAUAAACUGUUCCGUUUUUACUUUAUUCUCAACUCUCCCUGACAUUCUUCAAAUUGCAAUUUAGUUCUAUUUAUUUUGACUCGAUAACGUGUUUCUAUACAUUGCAUUGCAUGUAUCGUCAUUCCAUCCGUGAUAAAUCGGCCGCAUUUGGAUAGUUGCCACGAAGAAAAAAAUUCGUUAAUAUUUCCAAAUUUGACACAUGUGAAUUUCAGUCAGUUUUUAAUCGGUGGCGCGUUCGAAUUGGGUUUAACUGUAAUGUGCACCCGUGUAAUAUUUCUAAUUGUGUCUUUAUUAUUUCGAAAAGAAUGUUUUAAUUGAACACUUGAAAAACAAAUCAAAUACCUUUGCCAAUCCAAUCAAUAAACUAUAAAUUAAAAUUUAAACAACAGAUUUAAGAGAACAAAAAUGCCAAUGCGAUUCAAUUUCAAGGAUUGUAUGUUUUGAAAACCGUGCAUGUGAAUGAACCGAACUAUAUAAUUUGAUCAACCCUCGAAAUUGAUUUAUUAAACAACGAUUUCUACCAAAUUAAUACAAACCAAUAGGACCAAUAGGACCACUUCAAAAUUUCCAUCGAUUAAGUUUUUCAUCGAAUAACGGUUGAUUUUUCUGUGUGUGCGCGUGUGUGCGUAGGUUAUCAUAUUACGUCGAUUUUUUAUUCGAUUACGUGGAAUCGAGAUGCAGUCGGUCAAUCAUCCAGUGGCCAACAAAAAAAUGGGCCACGCUCGCCGACAGUCAUACGGUAAAAUUAUGCCAAUAUCGUCAUUGUUGAACAAUCUUAUUGGUUCGAAUGCAAAUUGUGAUUCGACGCCAAACAACGACCCAUCUGCCGUUCACGAUCGCUCAUCGUUGCCUUUGACCCAUCAUUCAUUCGAAGCGAUGGCGCUUAAUUGCCGUGUCAACGAACGAAGCGAUGGUGAUAGCUAUAGCCAGAAAAAUGUCACCGAUUUAACGCUAAACUUUAUCAAUCAUGAAAAAAUGGACGAAGUUAAGCAGCAACCCAUCGCUGCAACUGCCAAUGCUAUUGAAGAGAUCGACGUGAAAAAAACGUUUUUGAAGUGUGUUAAUUAUCACCCGAGGCAAGAGUCGGAAGCGCAAACAACCGUCGGCGAUGAUGUCAAAUCGGAUGCGGAAGAUAAUAUCGAUCGGUUAUUAGGUAAUGAUGAUACGGCUGCUCCGUGUUUGAUAUGCAUGAACAAAGGCAUGGAACCGUUAAAACACAGCUUGAUGAAUAUUUUAUGCAAAAAGCUAUGCGAUGAAAGUUGUAACACUUCGACAAAAACCUGUCAAUCCAACGAUGACAUCGCUACGCAUAAAAGUGACACAGCGGCCAGUGAACAUGACAGCGAUUCAACCGCUGAAGCCGAUGCUAAAUUCAAAACAGAGAUCGCAUUACAUCGAUCGAGCAGCAGUCGUCAAGAGUUUCUAGCUAGCAUGCUUGAACCGGAAACAAAAGAUGCAACAGAUCGAAGUGACGAUGAAGCACGUGUUGCACCACUCACGAUUGAAAAUCUAAAGCAAUUCAAUGACGAUUAUUUCCGAGAGAAGUUGGCCAUUGCCGAGGCACUUGCAAACACCUCAAUGAUGACAUCAUCGGCGGCCAAGAACCGAUUAGCCGCUCGCAAAAUCGAAAUGAGCCUCAACACACCCGAUUUUGUCUACGAUCCGGAAAAUGCUGAAUACAUUCCACCCAAAGAUUUGCUUAUGUACUUGGUGAGAAUGGGAUCAUUUAAUUCGGCGCCAAAAAUCAAUAACAUCGAUUCGCAAGAUGAUGACGUCGAAAUACCGAAUGGAUUGGAAACUGCCGCUGAUUUGGUGAACUAUUGCAAACUGAUGCGUGGCGAUAAUCGGCCGGAAUUAUUACAGCGAUCAUUUUUCAAACCGAUCAAUGACCUUUCGCUGAAUGAUGUAACCGAUGGUUUACGUUAUUUACACUUGAAUUCAGUGUCUAAAGUUUGUAGCUCACCAAAGUCUUUGCCAAAUCAUAUACGAAUUCUGCAAUGGAACAUUCUCUCCCAAUCUUUGGGUCAACAUAAUGACAACUUUGUUUGCUGUCCAGCUGAUGCGUUAACAUGGGAAUCGCGCAAAUACCUCAUUGUGCAGGAAAUCAUUCAAAAUGAUCCAGAUGUCAUUUGUUUACAGGAAGUGGACCACUUCAAAUUUUUGCAAACAAUUUUGGCCACUCAAAACUACGAAGGUAUUUUCUUCCCAAAACCGGAUUCACCAUGUUUGUACAUCACCGAAAAUAAUGGACCAGAUGGUUGCGCACUAUUCUAUAAGAAGACCAAAUUCGAUUUGGUCAAUUAUGACACCCGAGUUCUGGAAGUGUGGCGCGUCCAAAGCAAUCAAGUGACGAUCACGGCAAAUUUGCGCAUUAUCGAAACCGGUAAAGAGAUUUGCGUGUGUACAACCCAUUUGAAAGCCCGCAACGGUGCACUUUUGGCCAAAUUGCGCAACGAACAAGGAAAGGAUUUGAUGCGAUUUGUGCAACGUGUCGCAAAUAAUCGGCCAAUUUUAAUAUCUGGUGACUUUAACGCUGAACCGAUUGAACCAGUUUACAGUACAGUCAUCAAUUUUACACCGUUGAAGCUAUCAUCGGCUUAUGCUGAUGUCUUGGCUUCGAUAUCGAACAAUUCGACCGAAGAAAAAGACACUGAACAUGCCGCCGAUGAAACCAAUGGGGAAGGUGUUCUGAAUGGCGAUGAUGUCACCAAUGGUGAUGGCAUUACAAACGGAUUGAAGAGCCGUGUUGAUCAUCUUAUCAGCCAUGAACCUCCAUACACCACAUGGAAAAUUCGUGAAGAUGGUGAAGUUUGCCACACAAUUGAUUAUGUAUUCUAUUCACGAGACACCCUCAAGGUGAACAAUUGCUUAAGAUUUCCACUGGGAAAUGAAAUUGGCAAGAAUCGCACACCAAGUCAUCGCUAUCCAUCCGAUCACUUUUCAUUGUUGUGUGACUUCGAAAUUAUUGACAGCGACGGCGAAAAUAAUGAUGAUGGUGAUCUAACAAACAGUUGCCCAUAGACAUAACAGCAACCGGCAAAACCGCAAUUUCGUUAAGUCUUUCCAUAUUUGAAUGAAUAGAGAAUGAGAAAUUUUGAAAUCUUGCAACAAAAAAAAUUAGAUAGAAGAUAGAAGUUAUAAAGAUUAUAAAAUCAGAUAACAAGGCAGAAAAAAACGACCUAGAUACGGGAACAUAUAUUUUUUUCUGGAAAAAAAAUCGUAUUUUAUACGUUCAUUUUUCAUGUAAAACAUGUGAUAAUAGCAGCUUAGAAACAUUCUAUAUUUGUGUAUUUUUAAGGUCCGAUAACCUACACCAAGGAACAAAAAAACAAUCAAUCCCAGCAAAAGUUUCGUUUGUUCAGGUUCUCAUCUUCAUAAUUUUGGCAAACUAUUUUUUUUUUCUUUUGAAAUUUUCUUCAACCCAUUUUUAUCGUUUUGACAAAUUCCAAUAACGAAAUUUAUUAUGCCAGUGGAACAUAGAUAGAUUUUGUCCAUUCACUUUUUUUUUCUGUACAAUCACAAUUUUGCAAUUUAAUUAUUUUAAACGCUAGGUAGCGGUUGUGGAACACUAAACAAACAAUAAAAUGGUUUGAUAAAAACAAA